AUGCACCUACACCAGGCAGGCGCUCUUCUCAUCUACACAUGCGCAGACACCAAGCAGGCGCGCUUCUCAUCUGUACAUGCGCAGACACUGACCCAAGACGCCAAGACGCCAGGCAGGCGCUCUUCUCAUCUGCACAAGCGCAGUUGCACACGCAACACCAGGGAGCCACCACAGAUCUUUCUUCUGGGACCUCGUGCAUCCUUCACCUUAUGCUUAAUAAUACGUACUAGGGAAGAUGGAUCUGCACCAUCAGAAGUCCAGUUCCCAGAGAUUUGUGACAACGGCCUUGCUGCUGCUCUUUAUGAACAAUAUAGACAAGUGAAGAUGGAACUGCACCGUUUGAAAUCCUGUUCCCAGGAAAUGGUGACCUUCACCGAUGUGGCUGUGAUCUUCUCCCCAGCGGAGUGGCUGUGCCUGGAUGCCUCUCAUCGGAAACUCUACAGAGAUGUGAUGCUGGAGAUCUACCAGCACCUGGGGGUCAUAGGACAGUGCAGGGUGAAGCCUGCACUGAUCUCCUGGUUGGAAGAAGGAGCCCUUCACAAGCUGCAGAGAGGUUUGUUUGAAGAAGUCUGGACAGGAAGCAAAUGUCAUCUAGGUCCCGAGAAUGGCAAGUCCUUCACAUUCUCUUUGUCCCACACUGAACACAUGAUAAUUCAUGUAAGAGAGAAGUCUUAUAUGAGUCAGGAGUGUGGAAAGUUCUUCACUCAAUCUUCAAAGCUUAUUAGACACAUGAAAAUUCAUACAGGAGAGAAGCCUUAUUUAUGUCAGGAGUGUGGAAAGGCAUUUGCUCAAUCCUCAAAACUUUUUGAUCACAUAAAAAUUCAUACAGGAGAGAAGCCUUCUUCAUGUCAGGAGUUUGGAAAGGCAUUUGCUCAAUAUUCAGACCUUAAAAAACACAUAAAAGUCCAUACAGGAGAGAAGCUUUAUUCAUGUCAGGAGUGUGGAAAGGCAUUUGCUCAAUCCUCAAAACUUUCUGAUCACAUAAAAAUUCAUACAGGAGAGAAGCCUUAUUCAUGUCAGGAGUGUGGAAAGGCUUUUGGUGAAUCCUCAAGCCUUUCUGAUCACAUGAAAAUUCAUACAGGAGAGAAGCCUUAUUCAUGUCAGGAGUGUGGAAAGGCUUUUGGUGAAUCCUCAAGCCUUAACAGGCACAUGAAAAUUCAUACAGGAGAGAAGCCUUAUUCAUGUCAGGAGUGUGGAAAGGCAUUUGCUCGAUCCUCAACCCUUAACACACACAUGAAAAUUCAUACAGGAGAGAAGCCUUAUUCAUGUCAGGAGUGUGGAAAGGCAUUUGCUCAAUCCUCAAAUCUUUCUGGUCACAUGAAAAUUCAUACAGGAGAGAAUCCUUAUUCAUGUCAGGAGUGUGGAAAGGCAUUUACUCAAUCCUCAAACCUUUCUGGACACAUGAAUAUUCAUACAGGAGAGAAGCCUUAUUCAUGUCAGGAGUGUGGAAAGGCAUUUGCUCGAUAUUCAGACCUUAAAAAACACAUAAAAGUUCAUACAGGAGAGAAGCCUUAUUCAUGUCAGGAGUGUGGAAAGGCAUUUGCUCAAUCUUCAAAACUUUCUGAUCACAUGAAAAUUCAUAAAGGAGAGAAGCCUUAUUCAUGUCAGGAGUGUGGAAAGGCAUUUGCAAAAUCCUCAAACCUUUCUGAUCACAUGAAAAUUCAUACAGGAGAGAAGCCUUAUUCAUGUCAGGAGUGUGGAAAGGCAUUUGCUCGGUCCUCAGACCUUAACAAACACAUGAAAGUUCAUACAGGAGAAAAGCUUUAUUCAUGUCCGGAGUGUGGAAAGGCUUUUGGUGAAUCCUCAAGCCUCAACAGGCACAUGAAAAUUCAUAUAGGAGAGAAGUCAUAUUCAUGUUCGGACUGUGGAAAGGUUGUAAAGAAACAGGGAUGUGAACAUUGUCAUAAUGACAUGGCUUAG